UUUCACCCCAAAUGGUUUUCUUUCUUUCUGCCCCUCUUUCUGCAAAACCCUAAUACUCUCCUUUCCGAAAACCCUUAUUCCUUCGGAUCCCGAUCUGCUUCUAUAAUCCUCUAGUUUUUAUCAUAUCAUUGGAUCUGUAGCUUGUAAUUUAUAAUUAUCGAAAAUGUCCAGUGCGUUGGACAUGUCUCUCGACGACCUGAUCAAGAACAACAAGAAAUCAGGAGGGGGAAAUUUUAGAGGCAGAGGUAGAGGUUCAGGUCCUGGCCCAGCUCGGCGAUUUCCCAGUUGUGGCGCGAAUCGAACGACGCCCUAUUCGAUGGGAAAGCCGGCUCAAGCACCGGAUUCCUCGUGGCAGCACGAUAUGUUUGCUGAUCCGAUGGCAACGAACCCGGCACAGGCAGGUCGAGCUUCUGCAAUAGAGACCGGGACCAAGCUCUAUAUUUCUAACUUAGACUAUGGCGUCUCGAACGAGGAUAUCAAAGAACUCUUUUCAGAGGUUGGUGACCUGAAGAGGUAUUCAGUCCAUUAUGACAGGAGUGGGAGAUCUAAGGGAACGGCAGAAGUAGUUUUUUCACGACGGGGGGAUGCUUUAGCUGCUGUGAAGAGAUACAAUAAUGUUCAGCUUGAUGGCAAGCCAAUGAAGAUAGAGGUUGUGGGAACAAAUGUUGUCACUCCUGCUGCUGUGCCUCCAGUUCCCAAUGGUGUGUUCGGAAAUUCUAGUGCUGUGCCAAGGAGUGGGCAAGGAAGGGGUGGUGCGAUGGGACGGCUGCGUGGUGGUGGUGGUGGUGGCCGUGGAUUUGGGAGGGGCCGUGGACGGGGAAGAAGUCGUGAACAAGUAUCUGCAGAUGAUCUUGAUGCUGAUUUGGAGAAGUAUCACUCGGAAUCAAUGCAGAUAAACUGAGAUCCUCCACGCAUUCAGUUCAGAGGUCUUUCACAAUGAAAUUUUCAUGGAGUGAUUAUGCAUUAUCCCCCAGUAUUUUGUGUAUUUUAUGGAAUAUGCUACUAUUCUGAGGAGUGAAAAAUACAGAAGGAACUAACUGUUAAAAAAGUGUGGUUUAUGGAGCUUGGGCUCUUAGUUUUUGUUGCCCGUUUUAUU